AUGGCGGUGCUGAGCACCCGUCGUGGGGAUCCACAAUCAGCGAAGGCCCUUGUGGCGUCGGCAGCGGCUGGCCGAGACAUCCAGUUGGAGUUUUGGUCUGGGCCGUCGCAGCUGCGCGACGUGUUUAGUUGCUCGGCGAAGAGGCAGCUGGUGGUUGAUGGAGAGGCUCUCACGGACGCAAACGCGAUUGCCGAGUUUUUGGGUGGAUCAGCACUGCUCCCAGCUGAUCAUGAGUUCUCCAUUCGAGAAUGGAUCGAGUGGGAAGAACGACAGUUGAGAAAGGCCAUCUAUAAGCACAAUCGAGAUGGGUUGGCACAGCUUUUGGAUGUUGUGUGCAUGGCCGUCCAGGGGAAGAGCCACAUUGUUGGAGAGCAGUUGACACUGGCAGAUGUGGUGCUUUUCUGCACUUUACUACCAGUUAUGGACAGCGGUUGUGUGAAGGAGCCCCUCAAGGAGUACCUCAGCGGUCUUGAAAAGCUUGCAGCGUUUCAAGCUGCAGGAAAACGGAUUCUGGAUGGAUGCCCAGCCACAACCUUUGCCCAAGUUGUGGAAGAGGACAUUGCCACGCGGGCAGCAUCAAGUCCCAAAGUGCCUAUCCCUGGCCAGAGGAACAUUUUGAUCACCAGCGCACUUCCCUAUGUGAACAAUGUGCCACACCUGGGAAACAUCAUCGGUUGUGUCCUUAGUGCUGACGUGUACGCAAGGUAUUGUCGAGCAAGGGGGUACAAUGCAAUCUACAUCUGCGGAACAGAUGAAUAUGGAACUGCAACUGAAACAAAGGCCUAUGAGGAAGGCAUGACCUGCCAAGAGGUAUGCGACAAGUACCACGCCAUCCACAAGGAAAUCUAUGAGUGGUUUGACUGCAGUUUUGACAAGUUUGGGCGCACACCAACAAGGUUUCAGACAGAGAUCGCACAGGACAUUUUCAAGAGUCUGAAAGACAAUGGUCAGCUUAUUGAACAAGAGAUGCAACAGUUAUUUUCAGUGCCCCUGCAGAAGUUCCUGGCGGAUCGGUUCGUUGCCGGCACGUGUCCAAAGUGCGGUUACGAGGAUGCCAGAGGGGAUCAGUGUGACAAGUGCAGCAACCUUCUGAACCCAAUUGAGCUCAUUGACCCCAAAUGCAAACUCACGGGCACAACCCCUAUUGUGAAGAAGACACGGCACAUAUUCUUGGACUUACCACAGCUGUCAGACAAACUGGGCAAGUACAUUGACAAGACAGCCAAGGAGGGAGACUGGAGCAACAAUUGCUUGCAGGUCACAAAUGCCUGGAUGCGCGAUGGCUUGAAACUUCGGUGCAUCACGCGAGAUUUGAAAUGGGGCACACCAGUUCCCAUGGAUGGGUACAGGGACAAGGUGUUCUAUGUGUGGUUUGAUGCCCCAAUUGGUUACAUCUCCAUUACUGCAGACUAUACUCCAGACUGGGAGAAAUGGUGGAAGAACCCAGAUGAGGUGGAGUUGGUUCAGUUCAUGGGAAAGGACAAUGUGCCUUUUCACACAGUUAUCUUUCCUGCCACUCUCAUUGGCACACAGCAGAAUUGGACCAUGAUGAAGAGCAUAUCCGUCACGGAGUAUCUCAACUACGAGAAUGGAAAGUUCUCAAAGACCCAUGGUGUAGGUGUGUUUGGUAAUGAUGCACGAGAGUGCGGAAUUCCUGUUGAGGUCUGGCGCUACUACCUCUUGGCCAAUCGGCCGGAACAGCAAGAUACUGCCUUUGUGUGGUCAAAUUUGGUGGCCCACAACAACAACGAGCUGCUCAAGAAUCUGGGGAACUUCAUUAAUCGUGCCCUGAAGUUUGUAGAAAAGUUCUUCGAUCGAACCAUUCCUGGGUCAACAGAUGAAGGACAGGAAGUUGUAUCUGCUUUGGGCUCAGAGCUUUCAGCAAAAGUGAAGGAGUACCUCCAGAAAAUGGAAAAAAUACAAAUGAGGGCUGGCUUGUUCCUUGCCAUGGAGGUCUCAGCCGUCGGCAACAAGUUCCUGCAGGACAACAAACCGUGGGAGAUUGUUGAGAAGGACCCUGAAAGAUGCAAGACACUUGUCACUACGGGCGCUGGAGUGGCCAAAUUGCUGGCAGCUCUGUUCCAACCGUUUAUGCCUUCACUGACAAGGAGGAUAUUGCAGCAGCUGAAUGUGGGCUGGGAUGCCACCAGUCUCAGAGACUGCGAUCUGGAGCUUGUGUCAACGCCAGAUAAAUUGCUCGAGGCCGGUCACAAGAUCAAUGAACCAGCGCCUUUGUUUUCAAAGAUUACUGAUGAGGCAGCAGAGGAGUUCCGGGCCAGGUUCUCUGGAUCCAAAAACGCGCCAGCAACAUCUGCGGGCUCAAAUCCUGCAAAUGCAAAUGGAAAGAAGGGGAAGCAAAGGGCGAAAGCACAGCAAAAGAAUGCUGGCGCUUCAUCAUCAAAGGAAAGCAAGGCUCCUGGAGAUGAAACUGCGGAUGGUGCUGCGGUGGCGGCUGCCGCAGGAGGGAAGGGCAAAAAGGAGAAGAAAAAGGGCCGUGGGGAAGGGAGGGCCGCACCUGCAAAGGAGGAAAAGCCUGUUGAUGUGUCAAGGAUAAAUCUGCGGGUGGGCUUCAUCAACAAAGCGUGGCAGCACCCUGAUGCUGACUCACUUUAUGUGGAAGAAAUCGACCUGGGGGAGGAGGCGCCCAGACAAGUGUGCAGUGGCCUCGUGAAGUUCAUUCCAGAGGAGCAGAUGCAGAAGCGGCGUGUCGUUGUGGUUGCCAAUCUGAAACCCGUGACGAUGCGAGGAAUUAAAUCCCAUGCAAUGAUCCUGUGUGCCACGAGCCCGGAUGGAGAAAAGGUGGAGCUCCUCGAGCCUCCCGAGGGCGUCCCCGUUGGGGAGCGAGUCUUCUGUGAGGGAUACAGCGGCGAGCCUGACGACGUCCUGAACCCUAAAAAGAAAGUGUUCGAGGCGGUGCAACCGGACUUCGCGACAAAUGGUGAUCGGGUGGCGUGCUACAAUGGGACGCCGUUCAUGACUUCCAAGGGCCCAUGCACAGUGGCGACCAUAGUGGGCGGGAGCAUCAAGUGA